ACCAUGAAGCUGCAGUCCCCGGAGUUCCAGUCACUCUUCACGGAAGGACUGAAGAGCCUCGCAGAAUUAUUUGUCAAAGAAAACCAUGAGUUACGCAUCGCAGGCGGAGCAGUGCGGGACUUAUUAAAUGGCGUGAAGCCUCAGGAUGUGGAUUUUGCAACCACAGCCACCCCUGCACAGAUGAAGGAGAUGUUUCAGUCGGCCGGGAUCCGGAUGAUCAACAACAAAGGAGAGAAACACGGGACAAUCACCGCCCGGCUUCAUGAAGAGAACUUUGAAAUCACCACGCUGCGGGUCGAUGUCCUGACCGACGGGCGGCACGCGGAGGUGGAGUUCACUAGGGACUGGCAGCAGGACGCGGAGCGCAGGGACCUCACCGUCAACUCCAUGUUUCUAGGUUUUGAUGGUACCUUAUUUGACUACUUUAAUGGUUAUGAAGAUUUGAAAAAUAAGAAAGUCCGAUUUGUUGGACAAGCUAACCAGAGAAUACAAGAAGACUAUCUUAGGAUUUUACGGUAUUUCAGGUUUUAUGGGAGAAUUGUAGAAAAAGCUGGCGACCAUGAUGCUGAAACUUUGGAGGCAAUUGCAGAAAACGCCAAAGGCUUAGCUGGAAUAUCUGGAGAGAGGAUUUGGGUGGAAUUGAAGAAGAUUCUUGUUGGGAACCACGUAAAUCAUUUGAUACGUCUUAUGUAUGAUCUCGAUGUGGCUCGCUAUGUAGGUUUACCUGCUAAUGCAAGUUUAGAAGAAUUUAAUAGAGUCAGCAAAAAUGUUGACGGUUUUUCUCCAAAACCAAUGACUCUAUUGGCCUCCUUAUUCAAAGUACAAGAAGAUAUCACAAAAUUGGAUGUGAGGUUGAAGAUUUCAAAAGAAGAGAAGAACCUUGGUUUAUUUAUAGUUAAAAACAGGAAAGAUUUAAUUAAAGCAGCUGAUAAUUCCGAACCACUGAAGCCCUAUCAAGACUUCAUUAUAGAUUCUAGGGAACCGGACGCUGCUGGUCGCGUGUGUGAACUACUCAAGUACCAAGGGGAACACGAACUCUUGGCGGCUAUGCAGCAGUGGUCCGUCCCCCCAUUCCCGGUAAGUGGCCAUGACAUCAGGAAGGCAGGCAUUUCUUCAGGGAAAGAGAUUGGAGCACUCCUGCAGCAGCUGCGCGAACGGUGGAAGAAAAGCGGGUACCAAAUGGACAAGGAGGAACUGCUGAGUUACAUAGAGAAGCCCUGA